AUGGACAAAUUCGUCACAGCCAAGAAACCCACCACCGUCCGCCCCAACGGCAAACAAGAGCCGGCGAACAAGACUGAGCGCCAGAAGUACAGAUACAACCCAUACGGUGUGAGCAGGAGCAGCGAGCGCAAAUUCGAAGACUGGAAGGACAAGAAGCGGACCGAGAAGAUCCUCGCCCCGUUAUUGAAGGAGGGUGAAUCCGCAGCUCAAGCAAAGCCAUCCUCGAGGGCGCUCACGAAGCAUGUUCUGAAUACGCUCAAGGAUGAGUCGAAUCCAAUCACGCACUCGAACAUCUACCUUCGUACCGAUCACAUAUGCUCAGCCGCAACCGGUCACCAGCGUUCUGAUGGUCGUGGACCACGCAAGUCCUACAUGGAAGUCCGCCGAGACAAACUCGCAAAGCAGUUGCCCGAAACUUCUACAGAGGUCCUGCGGAAUGUCCGAGUGUAUAUCAAUGGGUACUUGGACAAUACGACGGACAUCGAGAUGAAGCGCAUCGUCACGCUUGCAGGCGGUCAAGUCAUGCAUACAGCUCCUGGCGCGACCCAUAUCCUGACGUCGCAGCAGUUGAGCGGAGCUAAGACGCACAAGCUGCUGACGACGAAGUCGAAGGGGAUCGUGCACGUAGUUCGGCCUGAAUGGGUCACGGACAGUAUUGACGCGGGGAAGCGAUUGUCAGAGAAGGACUAUGCAGUCAUCAAGGUUACGAAUAGCCUGAAGAUCACGGACAUGUUCGGCGCAGGGUCUUCUGGGACGAGUCGUUGAGCGGUGUACAAGCAGAACAGAACACAGAAUGUAUCCAUAUACUCACAUACUCUAUUCUCCGUUGAGUACAGUUCC